AAAAAAGCGCAUGUAGUCAUUUAAAUACUUUAAUCGGCCACAAUUAUUUGUCGUGGCUCAGCGUGGCAUUUGCUCGCAAAGUGGUGAACAAUAAAAAAAAGUUACAACAGCAAGUGAAGCGCUGCCUGCGCAGCCAACGCGUAGUUUCUUCUUCCAUCACACGUAUAAUUUUAUUACUCAAUUUUAUAAGAAUAUCCAAACGGUGGCACAUAAAUUUCAAGUCAAUAAUCGUCAAGUCAAAUAAAAUUGAUGGGGAGGUGCGGAAUCGCUUCUACGACUUCUUCUUCCAUACUCAACUUUCGCAACAUUCAACAAAACACAGCAAAACAAACGAACGAACAACAAACCAGAGAGAGAUAAUAAAACAGAGCUUCUUAAACUAACAAAACACAAUCAAUCGAACGAGGAAAAGAGAGUCAUAGGCGGAAACUAAAACAGGGGCAGAAUGGCACACACACAUCUGGGCAGGGCUGUGAAAAACAUUGAGGCGCCACGUCCGCUCAAGACACAGUCGCGGUCGUCGCUGAAGAACAGCUACCUGGUGAUUGAGGAGCUGAUACAGCUGAUCGAUAAUGUGACUGUCGGACUGCAGUCGUGCAAUACGACCACGGAAUCAAUAACACUUCUGUUGCACAACUUACGUGUCCAUGGACCGCAGCUGGAGGCGGUUUCCAAGGAUACGCUGGAUCGAGCUUUUGUUGUGUUCCGUAAUGCUUCGCAGGACGAACGAUUGAACAUAAUGACGCGUCUCAAGCUGCUAGAACUGAUCGAAUUACGUGCCAAUAGCUGGGAAGACAAAGACACAAUUGCCUACUACAAGUCCAAGCAGCAGGUGUCCAAUGUUGAGCUACCCGCUGAACAAUAUCAACACGACGCCACCGGCAUCGUGGGCAACCAGCAAGCCUUUCUCAGCACCUCCCCCACAUUUGGUGUCAGCGUCGGUGGCGGCUUGGGCGCUCUUGGCGGCGGCAGCGCUGCUGCAGCAGCUGCGGCUGCAUUCAAUGCAGCAACAGUUGCUGCUGCGGCCCAGGCAGCUGCCAUUGCUGCGGUCGGCUCACCCAAUCAACAGCAUCUGCUGUUGCCGCCUGGUGAAGUCAUCCGCAACUCUGGCAAGUUCCCAAAGCCCACCAAAAUUCCGGGCAAGACGUACUGCAAGGAUGAGGUUGUCAUACGCAAUGCUGACUCUGGCAAAGUGAUGGGCAUUAAAGGGCGUCGUGUUCACAUGAUUGAGGAACUUAGCGAAACAAUAAUAUCGUUUCAAAGAGUGAAUCCUGGCGCUAAGGAACGUCUGGUGCAGAUUACCGGACCGGCCGAAGAUAAAAUCAAUUAUGCCAAACAACUGAUGGAGGAUACCAUUCGUCGCAACGCUUCACCAGUGCGUCUGGAGCCUGCACCAUCGGCUGGCGGUGCCGGUGGCUCUUGUUCGUCGCUGAACUCAUCGAACUCGGAUGAUGCCGUGGUCGUACAACCCCGCACUCCAGGUGGGAGCAGCAGUCUGGCCAAUCGUUUAAGCUUCAAUUCGGCACAGAAUUUUAUGACCGCCACUGCGGCGGCCCAGCAGAUCUCGCAGCAUCAUCAACAGCAACACCAGCAGCAGCAACAGCAUCAUCACCAUCAGCAGCAGGUUGCCAAUGCGGCUGCGGCGGCAACAGCUGCUGCCGGUAAAGUUUUGCGACCCAAUCAGCAGCUGCUUAUGCAUUCAUAUUCCACAAACGAUGCUUCCGUAGGUGAAUACAAGUUCACGGUGAACGUGGGCCAGCAUCUCAUCAAGAUCACCGGCGACUGCUGCGAAUUAGUGCGCGUGGCAAAGCUGGUGCUGGAUGACUAUUUUAGCAGCUCAGAGUUCUUGGCUUCCAUAGAGGCGGGCGCUGCGUUCGAUGGUACUUCGCUGGUCAGUCCGGUGACAACACCUUCCACACCAUUACCUGGGUCGGGACCGCCGCAAUUUAUGAUGGGCAACCCACUGCCGUUGGCUGAUAGCGGCAUCGGUCUCAACUAUGCGGCUGGACAAGGCAACAACAAUGGUGAUGGCGAUGACGAAGUCUUUGCCGAACCAGUCAACGCCAAUGGUGGCAGCAAUCAAAAUGGCCUCGCGCGCUCUCGUCGCAGUCAUUUCUCACGUAAGGAGUCUACACCAGAAUCAAAGGUUCGCGAAAAGUUCGAGCAUGAACAGGCUGUCAAUUCUCUCAAGACGAAUACCUCGCGCGUCUCUUAUGAUAUUGAACAUUUGAUGUACUACUCGAAGAGUCCGCACGCCUGGGCGCUGCCAACAGAGUGGCUAAAGAUGCUGGAAACUGUGCCGUCGAUUCUACGCAAUAAGGAUCUACAGGAUGAGAGCCAGCGGUUCGAUGGUGAGAAAUAUCUAGCUAGCAUUCAGAGUGCUACCAAACGAAAUAUUGUGGCCGCCGACGAAACUGAAAAUUUGGAUGAAUAACAAUGAAAGAAGAGUAUAACAUUUAAAACUUAUAAACGAUAUAGAUAUUGGAAAACCAACACGAAGAGCAUGAUGAAAAAUCAAACUAAAUAACUGACAAUAGCUAAUCUUUAUGUGUAGGAGUGUGUCUGAGAGUUAUUGACUCAUUGGGGGUGGGGAUAUCUAAAUUCCCAAGUAUAUUGAGAUUAUAUAUUUCAACACUUUUGCUUCCAACACACACGAACUAUCUUUCUGUUUUUGUACUAUGAUUUUUUUAGCUUUAGCAUGUCACUUACAUUUCUUAAUAUUAAAAAAAUCGACCAAAAAAAAGUAAAUCAAUCAAAAUGAAUUCUAAAUACUAACCUAAGUUAGGAGCUAUUACAUAUAGAAAAGCGACGACGAUUUAUAUGGAAAAUGUUCAAGAAAAUCAAUCAUCUUAGACUUUGAUGAUCAAACGAUGCUCUUAGUUAAGUAUAUAGAAACGAUGAAUAUAUAUUUUACUAAUAUACUUACUAUGAGAUAAACAAAUAACAAAAUGCAACUAAUUGAUGGAAACGCUCGAAACGUAACGGCAUUACUCAAAUUACGAAAACGCGGUUCGAACUUUAAUAACGGCCAAAAUGAAUGGAAAUUUGCAUUUUUAUUCAAUAGUAAACGAAAUCUUAAUUUUCUCUCAGCAACAUUUCAUAAUUCUCUCAAAUUCAUCUUUAUUUUCUUUUUUGUACGUAACCAAUUCUCAAGAAGAAA